CCACCUUUUUAUUGCACUUCCAGCCUCUGAAUCUGCGACCACUUUCAUCCUCAGAAAAGUAGCUCCACAUUCAAAAGGCGCAGGUUUUUUUUCACCCCCGAAAGUUUUGUGAGCAGAAAGCGCAUUGGUGCUUAUUAAAUACUUUUUUAUAUAUAAAAAUCAAAAAGGACGUUUUGUUGUCUGGACUACUAUUCUCUUCGGAAAAAAAAACUGGGAAGUUUAUUCCUCGACUUCUUAAAGACUUUUAUGCUCAAGCAACUUUUUUUUAGUAGAGAGAGGAAACACAAAGCAAAAAAAAAGAAAAUGCACGUUUGCUGCAGCAAGUUGCUUCACCGGAGCUGUCAGAAAUCUAGGCGAGUUUGGAGUCUAUCAGGGCUGUUCGUGUUUCUGUCCUUCGUGCACGUCCUACUGUUGGGACCCAACUCUGCCUACGAGUCCAACCAGGAUUACUAUGACCAGUAUCAAGAGGAGGAAGAAAAAGAGGCCCAGGCCAGCAGCGAACUGGAGGACCAACUGAGGUCAGCAUCCAGUGUCACAGAGCUGAUGGACAUUUUCUAUCCAGAAUACAGGAAGAUCCACGAAUGUCUGCAAAGGAGAAUUCACAUGGUCCAGCGGGAAAUGACAGAGGCUGAAGAAAAGGAGUGGAAGGAGGCAGCAGCAUUUACACUAUCGUGGCAAGAUGAAGAUAUAAAAAAUGUUGAACUUGAAUGGGAAAAGACUCAGUGUAAACCUAGAGAAGUGUGCUUGGAUGUGGGGAAAGAGCUUGGGACUGCCACAAACAAGUUCUACAAACCUCCCUGUGUGUCUAUCCACAGAUGUGGAGGCUGCUGCAACAACGAGGGACUACAGUGUGUUAACAUCAGUACUUCGUACGUGAGUAAGACAUUGUUCGAAAUCACACUACCACGAGUUGGAUUCUCCAAGCUAGUCAUGAUUAGCUUCAUCAAUCAUACUGCCUGUACAUGUCAGGCCAAGCGAGACACCUUCGGACAGUCCCACUCGAUUAUCAGACGUUCUUUUCACAUUUCACAGACCGGAUGCAUUAUGGAGAACAAAACGUGUCCACUUGGUCUCACCUGGAAUCCCCAGUACUGCAGAUGUGUCACCGAACUGGAAGACUUCAGCUUAGAAGCCAGCAAUUCAGAACCAGCAGAUGAUAGUGGAAGUGAGGCGGAUGAUUUCUGUGGGCCCAACAUGGUAUUCGAUGAAGACACAUGUAGCUGCGUGUGCACAAACAGACUUUCCAUAUCGAGUUGUGGUCCCAACAAAGAAUUUGACGAGAGUACUUGCAAAUGUGUUUGCAGUAACACAGAGCAUCAUGGCGUUUGUGAACCCCCAAAGAAAUGGGAUGAAGAAGUCUGUGAGUGUGCAUGUAGGAAGAACUGCCCAAAGAAUCAGCCGUUGAACAGCAGCAAAUGCACCUGCGAGUGCAAAGAGUCCGUGUAUUCGUGCUUUCGCAAAGGGAAGAAGUUUGAUCCCCAGACAUGCAGGUGCUACAGGUUGCCUUGCAGAACUCAAGCGAAGCACUGCCAAUCAGGCUUUUACUUCAGUCAUUAUGUCUGCAGUUGUCUUCCAUUAUAUAUGAAGGAAUACCAAACUGAAGAGUGAUGCACAGACUGCUUUCUACUUUGCCUUGCUUCAUGAAUGAAGAAAUUACAUUUUCAGCCUGCAGCACUUACAAAAGUACCAUUUUUAUUGGGUGUCUACACAAUCUACAGGUACACUGUCUCAAAUCCGACACCCCUCAGCAUUGAUACUGUGCCGGAUUUCGGACUUUCUGAGAUUUUGGAUUACCCAAUGCGUGCAAAUCCACAAUAGAUUCCAGGUCUAUACACAAUCACGCAUUUUCAGCGAAAGGUGCAAUCCACCACUCCGUGACUACAUUGGAUCAUGAAAAGUGCAACCAAGGACCAAUGCUAAAUGUAAAUGAUGAACACAUACAGACAGGGCAAAUCAUAAAUGCUGUAAAUAUUGAGUGACGCACAAGGGGAAGAAGUUAUAGAAUAGAGUCUCUACAGUGUGGAAGCAGGCCAUUCAGCCCAUCCAGUCCAUACCAACCCUCCAAAGAGUAUCCCACCUAGACCCACCUCCACUUCUCUA